UAUAUCUGAGAGAUGUUCUUAGCACAUUCUCUGUUACCUAUGAUGCAUUUUUCAUUUCCAUUCUCAAGAUGAACUUCUAUUCUAGAGAUUUCUCAUUGCAAUAAAUAUUCAGUAAUCCAGUCUGUGGUUAGGCAUUUGGGGCAAGUGGUUCACAUUCAUUUUGGGUUUAGUUGUCAUGCUGCUUGAUUUUUUUCUCCAGCCUUACUCUUAGGGGUAUGUCUCAUAACAUUAAGCAAAAUAAAUAGCAUCUCUACUAUAGAUUGUUUUCUAAGCUUGACUUCAAAAGUUGCCUGGAUUUUUGGAGAGAGUUACAUCAAGCAUUGCUUCCAAAGGAUGACUGUAAAUUCACAUCUUUUGCCCCUCUCCCCUUUUUUUCUUUCAUAGUCCAUAACUCUGCCUUUCUGCUUUCAAAGAAAACACACUCAGUGGCUUCUCGUUCUCCACCCCUCAAAAUGAUAGCCAUCUCUGCUGUCAGUGGAGCACUCCUGUUCUCCCUACUCUGUGAAGCGAGUGCCGUCAUCUUACUCAAUUCCACUGACUCAUCCCCGCCAACCAAUAACUUCACUGUUAUUGAAGCAGCUCUAGAAGCACAACUAGAUUCUGCGGAUAUUCCCAAAGCCAGGAGGAAGCGCUACAUUUCGCAGAAUGAUAUGAUCGCCAUUCUUGAUUAUCAUAAUCAAGUUCGGGGCAAAGUGUUUCCACCAGCAGCUAACAUGGAAUAUAUGGUUUGGGAUGAAAAUCUUGCAAAAUCAGCAGAGGCUUGGGCAGCUACUUGCAUCUGGGACCACGGACCUUCUUACUUGCUGAGAUUUUUGGGCCAAAAUCUAUCUGUGAGAACUGGAAGAUACCGUUCUAUCGUCCAGUUGGUCAAACCAUGGUAUGAUGAAGUGAAGGAUUAUGCAUUUCCAUAUCCCCAGGAUUGCAACCCCAGAUGUCCUAUGAGGUGCUAUGGGCCCAUGUGCACACAUUACACACAGAUGGUUUGGGCCACUUCCAAUCGGAUUGGAUGUGCAAUUCACACUUGCCAAAACAUGAAUGUUUGGGGAUCUGUAUGGAGACGUGCAGUUUAUUUGGUAUGCAACUAUGCUCCAAAGGGCAAUUGGAUUGGAGAAGCACCAUAUAAAGUAGGCGUGCCAUGUUCAGCUUGUCCUCCAAGUUAUGGAGGAUCUUGUACUGACAAUCUUUGUUUUCCAGGAGUAACGUCAAACUACUUAUACUGGUUUAAAUAAGCUUAACUUUUCCUCCAGGAAAUAUAGUGGUUUCUGGGAAUCAUAGGCAUAUAUAUAUAUUGAAUUUUGCACAUAUUAUACAUAUUUUAUAAUAAUCUGUUUUUUCUUUUGGUAUUCAUUUGUAUAAAUUAAUGUUUAUUUAGUAUGCUCAUUUAUUUCUUUG